AUGUCUCCAUCUGACGCUAGCUCAGAACUCCACACUAUCGAUCUCAGUACCUGGACCUUUAGCAACAAGAGAGAAAUCUACGACAGAGUCGUCGCUCAGGUUUGCGGUGCUGCGCGCCAGUAUGGCUUCUUCCACGUUCACGGCCACGGCAUCUCCGUUAGCCUACCACACGGCCUAGCAAGCUAA